AUGCCAUCUUCUACCGAUUCAGAGCACGUUAGCCCUGGCCGAUUGGGGUGCAGGUUGACAUUUGAAUUCUCAGGUACGUCGGUCGGAAAUCGCUUCCUGAAGAGCUCAAUGGGUGAACGCAUGGCGUCUUUCUCCGAAGCUGAUAUUAGCCGUCGUGGGAUUCCUUCUGUCGAGCUUGUCAACUUAUAUAGACACUGGGGAGAAGGAAACAUCGGACUUAUUAUUACCGGUAAUGUUAUGAUCAAUUGUGCGCAUCUUGUAUCAGCAGGGGAUACCAUCAUCCCCGUGGAUGCACCGCUCGAGGGCCUGCGAUUUGACAGGUUCAGUGAUAUUGCGUUAGAAGCAAAACGCCAUGGAUCCCUCGUCAUCGCUCAACUAUGUCACCCUGGUCGGGGGAAUUUUGGGACCGAUUUCGGUAAAUCUCGGCCUGCAACGAAGGAAGAUAUCGAGCAUAUUGUUAAGGGGUUCGCCCAUGCCGCUGCGUAUGCAGAAAGCGCUGGGUUCGACGGCAUCCAGUUGCAAUCAGCUCAUGGACACCUACUAAGCCAAUUCCUGUCACCCAGAACCAACAAGCGACAAGAUUCUUAUGGAGACAACAUGAAGAAUAGAAUGCGACUGAUCUCUGAAAUUCGAGAGCCUAUAUCCGAACAAGUGGCAAAAGAUUUUAUCGUCGGUAUUAAGGUUAACAUUGUUGAAUUCCAGGAGAGCGCCUUCGGAUUUGAAGAGGCUGAUCCACUGAGCAUCGCACUUGAGCAAAAAUGUUUUGAUUUCGUUGAAUUAUCUGGUGGCACUUAUGAGGAUUGGACAAUGCAUCGCAAGCAUAUUGCUUCAAUACAACAGAGUGAGGCGAUAUUCCUCGAGAUCGCAAAAUUGUAUUCAAGGAGGAUGAAUCACACAAGGAUCUAUGUUACCGGACGACUUCGCUCUAUCAGAGGGAUGGUACGUGCAUUGGAUAAAGUAGAUGGUAUAGGCCUAGCACGGCCCCUUUGCCAAGAGCCUCAUCUGUGUUCACAGCUAUUGACCGGAGGUGUAACAUCAGCAUCUGCCAUUAAGAUCGACAUGAAUGACUUUCAUCAUACUUCAGUCACAGCGCUUAUCCAGGUGAAGCAUAUGGGGCGAGGCUUGCAGCCUAUUGAUUUAGGUUCCAAGAAAGAUGUGGACAGGUUAUACAAGGCAAUAAUAGAGCAUGAAAGGACCAGGUUUAGGGUAAGCGCUCCAGUGCCCAUCCUCCGAGGUGAUGCUAAGCCUGUACUAGUACAACUUAAGUGA